AUCCUUGUAUGUCUCCCUUUUUAAAUCUUUGACAUCAUCUAAAGAUAUCGCUAUAUACCCAUUUCUGCAAAUAAUACUCCAUUAUAAUUGCUACAAUGGUUCAGCCCGCUGGAAGCACCGUAGGCUAUAUUGAACAACAAUCAUUGCAGAAUGCUGUAGCAACUUCGCUGAGUUUGGGAAGGCUCGUGGUUGGAGGAUUCACUAUGCUUUUAGGGUACCGGGCUAUGCUGGUAAUAUACAACCUAUACUUUCACCCACUCAGCAAUUUCCCUGGACCGUUCCUAUAUAGGGCAAGCAAUGUCCCAUUCAUUUUGGACUUGAUCCGAGGCAUUACGCCCUACAGUAUCCAUGAGCUUCACCAAAAGUAUGGAAAGGUAGUUCGUGUCAGGCCAGAUGAACUCUCCUUCACUGACCCUCAAGCCUGGAAAGACAUCAUGGGCUCUCGCAAGAGAGCCUCGGGGAUUAAGUCAGAUAUGGAAAAAUACCGACUUUUCUACAGGGGUGUCACUGACGUCACCACACUCAUAAAUGCAAGCCAUGAAGAGCAUCGCCCGCUCAGAAAACAGUUAUCAUAUGGUUUCUCGGAUGCAGCGCUGAGUGCCCAGGAGUCGAUAAUUCUACCAUACUUCAAUAAGUUCAUACAUCGUCUGACAGAGGUCAGCGCAGACUCAGCAGGCAACCCCCAAAGUAUAGAGCUCAACCAGUGGCUCAACUUCCUUUUCUUUGAUGUCAUUGGCGACUUAGCCUUUGGUGAGCCUUUCGGCUGUCUCGAAAAAGGAAAAUACGACUCAUGGGUUGCACUGAAUGUGCAGACAAUCUUUAAUGUCAUGUACUUUCUGGCGAUCAAGUAUCUAGGGCUUGGUUUCAUCAUUCCCUUAUUUCGAGAGAAGCUGUUAAGAGCAAGGGAACUACAUAUGCAGAGGACAAGAGUGAAGUUGGAGAGACGACUGGCGAUGGGCAGUGAAAGACUUGACUUCGUGGAGAGAUUGGGCAAGAGAAUGGACGAAUGGGGAGGAAAUAUGGAUAGAUUGGUGAGCAUGACGAGUGGUCUUCUUACAGCUGGUACGGAGACGACAUCAACGACACUUUCCGGAACGAUAUUCCUCGUUCUUACGCAUCCUCAGGUGCAUAAGCGACUGAAGGAGGAGAUAAGAUCAACGUUCAAGAAGGCAGAGGACAUCAACUUUUCUUCAGUAUAUCGCCUCAAGUAUAUGAUCGCGGUCAUCAGUGAGGCAAUGCGGAUGUACCCGGCCGUUUCCCUCGGUCUACCCAGGGAAGUGCCUGACGGAGGCUGUACAAUUGCGGGGCACUUCGUACCCCAGCGAUCCGCUGUUGCAAUUCAUCACUAUGCAACGUACCGAUCACGGGAUAACUUCACAGACCCCGACGACUUCAAGCCAGAGAGGUGGUUAGAAGGAACUACUAAUGAGGCAGACCAACCUGGCUGUUUUAAGCCGUUCAAUUAUGGCCCUCGAGAUUGCAUUGGGCAAAAUCUUGCCAAUAUGGAGAUUAGAACGAUUCUUGCACGGCUAAUAUUCGAAUUCGAUCUCGAGCUAAUGCCCGAAAGCCGCAGAUGGAUGCAUCGUCAACGGGCAAUGCUGGCGUGGGCAAAAGGGCCACUGAUGAUACAAAUCACGCCCAUCCAACGACAGGUUUAAACCAUG